CGCUUCAUUUAUUUGCUGUUUUAGAAUUUUAUGGUUAGGUUUUGUGACAACAACAAUCUAUUAAUAAACUGUCAAGUGUCAGUACAGAAUUUAGAAAAAGAAGCUUUGAAAUCUAGGCUCUAAAGUUUGACAAUUCCAAUUGUAAAUGGUUAUUGUUGGUUAGAGUUUGUACCUAAGCAUUAAGUUAAACAUGUCUGAAUGCUACCCUUUUAAAUCUGAUCGGACUCUUAUUCCUCAAGAGCAUAUAAUUUGGAAUGAUGGAGAAACUUCCACAAGACCCUCGAUGCCCCAAUUUUCAAUAACCACAAAUGCUUUGGGUGAAAAUGAAUGUUUUGUUACUUCAGAGGGCACUGAAUACUUGACUGAGUUGGAAAACACAAAUGAUAUUGCUUUUGGUGACCUGCACAAUAUUGCCUUGGAACAACCCGAAAAUGUACAGUUUGAAAGUAUUGACGAAGCAAAUCAAGAUUUGCAAAACCAGGUUAUUGUUUUUAAAGUUGAUGGCUCUGAUGAGCUGUAUGGAAUGCAAAUGGUGCAAGAUGAACAUGGAAACAUUGAAAAAUAUCAGUUUAAAUUUGGAACAAAUGAGAGUGGGGAAUUGGAAGCAAUACCUGAUACCAUCCAGUUGAUACCUAGCGAUGAUUCAGAAAGAAGAGAAGAAGUAAUUUUAGAGGAACAAACAGAAGGAGUAGAACAAACAGAACCUGAACUAAAUAUUUUCGUAGAAAAUUCCGAAAUUAAUAUGCAAGCGGGCGAAAUUCAGAGUGAGCCUGAAGAUACUUUUGACGAAACGGUAGAAACCCCCCAUGAUUUAGAGGAAGAGACUGAAACAGACAUUUCUGCAACUAGCAGAAUUAGAAAUGUAAAAGAAGAAAUCAUUACAGAAGAAUCUUGCCCUCUUGAUGAAAAUGAAGCUCUUAACUGCAAACAAGAAAACGAACAUUUAAUUGAAUAUCAUGAAACGGAAGAGUAUUUUCAAAACGAAGAUUCAAAUGAAAAUGAAGUAAACGAAAAUGCAGAGGAAAAUCAUUUUUCGGAAUAUCAAGAAAUAUACAUAAACGAACCUUCUAGCGGAAAUCUCGAAGCUGGAAUGGAAAUGGAUCAUCUAGAGGAAAACGAGCUGGAAAUGAUGGAAGACGAAUCGGAAAACGAGUAUCAAAUUAUAGAAGGCAUGCCGGUGACAGCUGAAGCGGAGCCGAUACAACCCAUGCACGGAACGGAUACCAUUCUACAAACCGUACUUGAACAACCUUCGAACGCAAACAUAAUAAAGCAAUACAACUCGAAAGUGGACGCUGAAGGCAAUAAAGUGACUUACUUCAUUGUACAGCCCGUGCAAGAAAAAGAGAAUGUAAACAACUCGGUAUACAAGCCGGCCAAAGCGAAUCCCAGAAGUAUAUUGAAGACCUCUUAUGUUCCGCCGGCCCCCGUCGAUUUGCCGGAGUACGACGAAAAGAUGGACAAGAGGUUCGCCAAGAGCAAGGAAGCGAUUCAGGCGAGGCAGUUCCACAACUUCAUCACUAAAACAACGAUACCUCAUGCGCCAGUGCGUAGCGAGCGGUUGCCGAGGAAACAAAAGAUAAAACCAGUUAACGACAGAAUCGACGAGGAGAUCAUCGUGCAGGAAGUGAUGGUGUCGUCCAGUGGAGUGAUAGAAACCCUGGACAACCCCAGGAACCGCCGUGACAACGUGACGGUCACGGAGUACGUGGAACUGACCGAUUCGGACGAUGACAGGAAUCGUUUCAGCGAAUCCGAUGACAGCGUCAUCGAGAUCUUCAAUUCGGACGACGAGGUGGAAACGCAGAGGAAACGCGGACGCCCACGGAAAAGCACGAGCGUCAAAAAGAAACGCGGCAGGCCAAUUUUGGACAGAAGUACCGUAAUGCACGCGGACGAAGUAAAAUGUCCGAGGUGUCCGAAAACUUUCCCCAAUCAAAAUAGCUUGAACACACACAUACAACAUCAUAACUUAGAAACGAGUUUGUUGAACUCAAAAUCUAAAAACGCCGUACUAGAAUACAAACACAAAUGUGAUAAAUGCCAGAGUACCUUUAAAAACACAAUACUACUUAAAAAGCACGUUUGCACAGAACCUGCAAAUGACUUAGUAUGUCCUAUAUGCAAGAAGAAAUUUAGUAUUGUGACGAUGUUUAACCUUCAUAAACGUAUUCAUGUUAAAGAACAUGUAUUAAAACUAACGUCUCCCUUAAGAAUCUCUCAGAACAAAGCUAAGGCAACUAUUACUAAAAACGCAACGUUUAAAUGUAGCGAUUGUCCGAAAUAUUUUAAAUCAAAAGAUUUGCUUAGUGAUCACUCCAAAAUUCACAAAAAGUUUUGCUGUUCUAGUUGUGCCAAGUUCUUUUCCUCCAGAAUACUACUCGACACGCACGUUCGGGAAAAAUGUGUAAAAUUCAAACCAUCCCCACAAAACCGAAGAUUAUCCUUCAAAACCAGAACUUCGCUUACCAAAAGAAGAUCUUCCUUAUUUAGGCCCAAAAAAUUAAACACGGCAAAAACGAAUUCUAGCUUACUAAACACACCAUCGUCGUCAAAUAAACAAACGAAGAUCGAUUGCGAGAGUUGUCCGAUGAAAUUCUCGUCCCAUAAGCAGCUUUUCACGCAUAAGGUUGUAAAGCAUGGACAGGACACUCCGGAUAAAAGUAUUUUGGUUAGCAAGUCUCGCAAAAGUUUGUACAAACCGGUGAGCACCCACGGCGGCAUCCCAGUCAACGACAGGCUCAGAAAAGCUUAUGCAGGUCUAAAGCAGAAAUUGGAGUGUUCGCAAAACCCGUAACUUUUUU